AUGGAAACAGGGCGGGGGGCGAGCUGGACUCUGCGUAGCGAUCCGGUCUCCAAGCACCUUUAUGAGGAAGCUGACGGGGAGGCAGAGGGUGCAGCCCGAUUCAGGACGGAUCUCAGAGCCGUCGGGCAGAGGCUGAACCUGAGGCCUCCGAAGGGGAGGGAAGAUAAAGUCCUUCCCACUCAUCCCAGCGGCACGAGCCGUGGCCAGCCUUCUGGCGUGACUGUGGUUCGGGAGGAAGACACCACGGCCAGUCCAAAGGAUAAGGAGUGCAGCCCCCACGAUGAGGGUGCUGACCAGGCGGCCCAACGGCUGGGCCGGGCCAGGCCCCACGUAGGCCCGAGAGGGCGUCAGUUUGGCUCUUCCAAUGAGCAGUCAGGCUUUCCGGCCCUUCGGCCGGCUGGGCAGGACGCUGUCCCCAGGCCCCGUUUGAGCAUAUCCCGAUUCGAUAAUAUUAAGGAACAAGUAGAGCAAGCAAUCAAGCAAAACAAGAUCUUCCUGAUCAUCGGCUCCUUCCCACUCAUCAAGACCCUCUUGCGCCAGCGGGGCUGGGUGGAGAAAAAGUUGUCCUGGCCAAUCCGUCAGGCCUCAGCAAGCCAGGAAAGAAUAGUCAAUGAGGACGUUGAGGGCAGCAGACCCACUAAGGGUGAUGAGAGUCGGAUAUCCAGCUGUGUUAGCUCCACUCUCUGCUGGACGAACGUCCAGGAGAGGGCAAGGAUGGGAGUGGGGUGCCUCCAGGGAAGAACCGGCUCCACACUUUGGCCCUUGUACCCGCACUUCGAGCCCGAGGAGAUAGUUGAAUGUAGUUGGGUUCAAAACUUUAUGGCCCGUCUGGUCCAGAAUGAGAUCCCCUACUUCAUCUGGACAGCCCGGCGGGAUGUGGUAGAUUUCCGUACGCUCCGUAAGGAGCAGAUGACAAAUCAUUAUGCCAGUCCAGGCUCUUUCACCACCAUGAUUGGGCUCUGUCUCAACCUCCGGAAUCUCCCCUCGUUGGAUGAAGCUAAUGCAGACGUGUUCUUCCCACGCUGCUAUCAGUUGGGGAUCGACGAUGAAAAAGACACUUUCAUUGAGGACUUUUGGCUGACGGCAGCACGCUCCGUCCUCAAGCUAGUAGUAGAGGCAGCGUGGGAGCCACUUGAGGAAAAUCUGGCCCAGCUGCUUAAGGCUCAUGCCCGCAAAGCUCCAGCGGACAGUAGAACCAAAAACGGCAGAAGGGAGCGCCGUGAUUCUGUUCGGUUGAUCGAGGAAGCCUUGAAGAUCUGUGAUGACCACCUCAGCUACCUGGCACAUCAGAACACAGAAGGAGGCCAGAAGACCCUGCUGGGCAUGAACCUGGGCCAAAUUGACAACUUUCUGCAACGUUACUACAAGGUGGUUCAAGAGGGGUUAGCCGUGGAGCCGACCAAAGUUCACAUCCAACGCUGCAAAGAUCUCCUGCAGCAACUGAAGAAGUGGGUUUCCCAGCUGGCAAUGGAGGGAGAUCAAAACAUGUGGAUUUUGAAGCCCGGUAUGAACUCCAGGGGCCAAGGGUUCGUGUGCUUGGAUAAGUUAGACGACAUCCUAAAGCUAGUACACGACAACUUAACGGCUGUCAAGGCAGGCAAAUGGAUGGUGCAGAAGUUCAUCGAACGACCCAUGCUCAUCUUCGGUAGAAGAUUUGACCUCCAGCAGUGGUUCCUUGUCACAGACUGGAACCCACUGAUAAUCUGGUUCUACUGUGAUAACUACAUCUGUUUUUCAACGCAGACCUUCUCACUCCAUAACCAAGACAUGUCAGGACAUUUAAUCAACUACUCAAUCCCCCCCCACCUGAUAAACAGUCAAAGACAUCACCCUGCACUUCCCAAGGACAACAUGUGGUCGUCACGGGAAUUUCAAGAGCAUUUGCAGGAACUAGGAGUCCUGGGAGCCUGGACCAGUGUAAUGCAACCAGGAAUGAAAGCAGCGUUAAUUCAUACUCUCCAGUCCUCCCAGGAUUCUGCACCUUUACGUAAAAACAGCUUUGAGCUCUAUGGUGCCCGUUUUAUUUUCGGGGAAGAUUUUCAACCCUGGCUCAUUAAGAUCAACGCGAACCCCUCUCUAGAACCUUGGAAUGCUCUGACCAACCAGCUCUUUACGGUGCUGCAGACCGACAUCCUGCGUGUGGUUAUCGACUCUCAGAACGACCCGAGUUGCAAUAUCGGUGGCUUUGAACUCAUUCAUUGCCAGCCACCCGUUGAGACCACCGACUACAAGGGAUUGCCGCCUCUGGUAGAAGGAACCCCAGUCGAGAAACCAAGCCUUCCCCAGUUAGAUCCUGCUGAGUCAUCAGAAGGGGCUGCUGGCUCUCCGUUCCUCGAAGCCCAUGGGGUGCCCAAAGGCCAGUCCUCAAUGAUGUCACCCCUAGCCAAAAGCCACCAUAAAAAAAGUUCUAGAAGUUCAAGGAAGCCAGGCUCCUCCACAAAAAGUGAAAUGGCAGCGGCAGCCACCAGGAAGGACGAAAAAGUUGAGGCCGCCACCGGCCGAGUUCCAACCCAGUCGUACCCUCGUAUAGGAGAUCUGCCACACACCACUGUGAGUUGGUUCAACACCGCUGCUACCACCUGGGGCAAGGAGCAGGAAUCCCUGAAGCCCCACCCACUGGAUACACAUCACCCUCACAGGGCCUUGGCUAAAGAGAAGGAAAACCUGAAGGCGAAAGUGCCGUCCCGGUCUAGAAACUGGAGCCCACUCCCUUUCCUGACGAACCCCAGCCUGCCUAACUUGAGAUCAGAUCCUCAGAAAUCAUCAACUGAUGGCAAAGCACCAAAAAGUAACUUCACCCAACGCUAAAUGGGGAGGCGUCAUCAUCAAAGUCAAGUCAACCACCAACUACCAAAAGGGCUCUGUUCAGAGUUUCUUGGCUGUGAGCUGGCGUAGGAGUAAACUUUCCGAAGGCUACACCAAU